AUGUCGACCUUCAGGGAAAACUUCGAUCGGUAUGUUAGUUUACUUAAUGGGUUGAAGUCCCCAGAAAGUUUAUCGAAGAUUGAAAACUUUCCAUCAGAUGCUUUCUUCACAAAUUUCUUUUUGCUUGAGAAUACCAGUAAUGAUGAACAAGAUACUGAGUUGGUGGAGAAGGGUGAAAUAACUUGGGAGAAUGAUGAAGACUUUGAAGUGGAACAAAUUGUAGAUUAUGUAGAAGAAGAUGGUGUGGAGUUUUAUUUGAUCAAGUGGAAAGGUUGGAGCCAUGCACACAAUAGCUGGGAACCAAAAGAUAAUCUUGACUGUCCUUUAUUAAUGGAGGAGUUUCAUACAAAGAAUAAUAAUGGUAAUGUUUUGCAUCGGGCUUCUUCGAAAAGAAAAUAUGAUGAAAUAAAGGAAUCGAAGGAAGAUGAGAGGGAAAUGAAAAGAACAAGAGUAGAUGAACUGUUCCAUAAGUUGGUUUCAUGCAAAGAAGUGUUAACCCCUCUCCAACUUAUUUCAUUGACAAGUCCUGAUAAAGGAAAACCUAAAUCUUACAGAGGUCUGGUAUCGUGUGAAGGUCUUAAAGUUCCAAAGUUUAAUAAUGCAAGUAAGUACCUGUUAAAUCCAAGGACAAAAGCUUAUAAACGGAAGAAAGUGCAAAUUCUAGAAGCGCUGAAAGACUGGGAGAAACAUCUAAAUGCGGUCAGCACAGACCCGGCACCCAUCAGUGUUGAGAAUGAGGUAGAUCUUGAAGGACCACCAGAGAACUUUGAAUAUAUCAAUGAUUAUAAGGCAGGUAGAGGUAUUGUGAUUCCAAAUGAUCCAGUGAUCGGAUGCGAGUGCUCGGAUUGUUUCGGUGAAAAGUCGCAGUGCUGUGCUGUUCAAUUUGGUGUCGAGUUUGCCUAUUUCAAAUGGAAACGACUGAGAAUUCAUGCUGGCAGGCCUAUUUAUGAGUGUAACAAGAAAUGCAAGUGUGGUCCAGAGUGUUCAAACAGGGUAGUUCAACAUGGUAGGAAGCAUAAAGUGUGCAUCUUUAGGACAAAAAAUUGUCGUGGAUGGGGGGUGAAGGCAAUGCAGAAAAUAAAGGCUGGGACGUUUGUUAUGGAAUAUGUAGGAGAGGUGAUAAGCAGUGAGGAGGCCGAAGUACGAGGAAAGACGUACGAUUCUGUUGGCAGGACUUACCUUUUUGAUUUGGAUUUCAAUGGAGAUGACUGUCCUUUUACAGUAGAUGCAGCUGUUUAUGGAAAUGUGUCACACUUUGUCAAUCACUCGUGUGAUCCUAACUUGGAGGUAUACAGCGUAUGGAUCAAUACAUUGGAUCCACGACUGCCGAGAAUAGCAUUGUUCUCAAGACGUGACAUUGAAAAGGGCGAGGAGCUAACGUUUGACUACAUGUCCAGUAAAGUGCACUCUCCUUUAGAGGAGAGUCUAGAAGGGGAAAGCAUAGCUGUUGAUCUCAAUGCUGAUGACAGAUCCGAGGCACACUUGGAAAUGAAAGAGGUACAAAAUGGAGACAUUGGAGGAGAUUUACAGAACAAUAAGUUAUUGAUUGGUGACAUAAAUGGAGAUGGUGCAGUUGAAUCUUUGCCUACUGAAAAGGGAGAUUCUAAAAAUACACCGAAAUCUAGUCCUCAGAAAUCACAGGGUCAACAGGGUCAGCAAACUGACCCCUAUCGAAUGGUUUGUCAGUGUGGUGCAAAGAAUUGUAGGAAAUUUGUAUUUUAAUUUAUUUUUAGAUACUGUUAACUGAAGCAAAUGUGUUUGCUUGAUGGUAUCUGGAAGUUAUUUAUUUAUGAAUUACGAGUCAUGUAUCAGGAUUAGUACUAGGCUGAAUAUUUUAAAUUGUUUUUAUAUCUAGGUAUA